AUGGGCCGGAUUCCUGGCAGAGCACCGAGUCUGAGAGGCCGAUUCCUCUCUUCAAUUGGUCAAUGCGAGCUCACUGCGCUUCUCUCUGACCAAUCAGACGGCCCCGGUUGUCCGAAGCCUCGUCCCAUUCUUGCCAUUCCUCAUUCUGUCCCAUUUUGCCCGAUCUCUGCUCCAACCAGCUUCGCGUUGGGGGACGGAAAGGUCGCAGGCCGUGCCGGCGCCAGGGCGAAACGGGUCAGCGGCACUCCUGCCUCCCUCGACUGGCCUAUUUCACUGCCAGUCGCUUCUGCCUCGCGCUGCAAACGAAGCCUGCUUCAGUUUUCCUGCAUUCCCUUUGCCCACUACAGCCCGUCUGCCCUCGUUCGGCUCGACUUCAAGCUGGCCAGCUUGUCGGGCGUCUUUAUGGCCGGACGACAGGCAAAUGGAAACGAGAGGACAGGAAGGAAGAGACGAUGCUUGCGCGUAUGCAGGCGAGACCAGAAGCAGCCAACCCAAGCGUUUCCUGCCUCCUCCAUACCUUGGCAAAUUGAGGAGAACCACACGAAGACGACCAACAAACCAAAGGGACAUGGACAAAUGGGAGGCACAGGACUCGCCAAGUCUGUGCACCCAACUUCCUGGAAGGACGAAAAGGAAGACAAGCAUCCGUUGUUGCCUCGCCUCACCUCGCCUCGCCUCGCCUCGCCUCACCUCACCUUGCCUCGUCGCGUCGCGUCGCGUCGCUGGGCUUCCGUUCCACAUUUCUAG